GCCACCUGGAUCCAGCUGGCAUAGGUUGCGGUACCAAACGCGGUUAGGGUUCCGCUUGCAGGGAUCAUUGGUCGCCUCUAGCGCGUGAAGGGCACCAGACGUUGCUCUUCACUACUUAUGCCCGAAUCAUGCUUCCGCCGUUGGCCUCCGUCUCCGCGUUAUCAGUGCGCGUUAUAUAUCGUGUCUUACGCCGCCCGCCUUGAGGGAAGCUCCAUCAUCGCUCACCGCCCAUCAUGACCGACCCUGUUCUGAAUGACAUCUCCCACAGGCGCUUCAACCUGCUGCGAGGAAGCUGGAUCCUGGUCUCGCCGCACCGCACGAAGCGUCCAUGGCAAGGUGCGCAGGAAGAGCCGUCCAAGGUCACGCUUCCGGAGUACGACCCAAAGUGCUAUCUGUGCCCCAGCAACACUCGCGCCAAUGGCGAGAACAAUCCAAAGUUCAAGAACACAUUCGUGUUCGUAAAUGAUUUCAGCGCUGUCAAGGAAGAGCAGGAAGAUUACCAUCAUGAUUCGAACAGCAAAUCUCUGGCUUCGCGACUGCUCCGUGCUGAAUCUGUCACUGGAAAAUGCUAUGUUAUCUGUUUUUCGCCAAACCACAGCCUUACCCUCGCAGACAUGACUCCUGCCGAGAUCAUUCCUGUCAUUGAGACCUGGACUAACAUCUACACACUCCACUUGGACCCGAAGUCGCCACUUGCCAAGCUUGCCGCUACACGUUCGAUCCCCGAACUGGAUCAGGGCGAACUCGAGAGGCCGAACGCGCAGUAUCGCUACAUGCAAAUCUUCGAGAACAAAGGCCAAGCAAUGGGAUGCUCGAAUCCUCACCCACACGGUCAAGUCUGGGCGACGACAUCACUUCCAGAGGAGCCUGCACUUGAGAUCCAGCAGAUGAUCAAGUACCGCCAAGAACAGAACGGCUCGCACAUGCUUAGCGACUAUGCCGCACUUGAAUCAGAGCAAAAGAUUCGUACCGUUUUCGAGAAUGAGAGUUUCUGGGCUGGCGUGCCGUACUGGGGUGUGUGGCCGUUCGAGAUUCUGCUCACAGCCAAGCAACACAAGCGAUCGCUGGUCGACUUCAACAAGGAAGAGCGUGCACAACUCGCAGAAGCCAUUGCAGAAGUUACUCGUAGAUACGAUAACCUUUUCGAGACCCAGUUCCCGUAUAGCAUGGGUAUUCACCAGGCACCUCUUCAAGGUACAACCGAGGAGAUCGAGUGCAGUCAUUUCCAUAUCCACUUCUACCCUCCUCUCCUUCGCAGCGCGACAGUGCGGAAGUUCCAGGUUGGUUAUGAGAUGCUGGCUGAGCCUCAGCGCGACAUUACACCUGAGCAGGCUGCCGACCGUCUGAGGGGCUGCGAUGGCCCGCUGUACCGCAAGAGCCAAACUCCACACACCAAUGGCAUCAAUGGCGUCAAUGGUGUCAAUGGAACUAAUGGAGUGAACGGGGUGAACGGGGUGAACGGGGUAAACGGGGUGAAUGGGGUGAAUGGCCACCAUUAAGCAUCUUCGAACUUGUCGUCUUUGCAGAUUUUGUUGGGGAAGGGCGUUAGGGUGUUGUUGCAGACAACAUGGUCGUCGCGCCGAGC